AUGAAUUUCAUUCUCCAAGGAAAUCGAACAGACGUGGAAAGCGGAAUUCCAGAAAGCGUCCCUGAGAGGCGUGUGAUGACAGGGUUGGGGAUCGUCGCACUUGUGACGAUAACAGUUCUUAAGAUAUAUGCGAUUUGUCAUGGAUUUCUGGGCCUUGGCAAUGCUCCAGAGGAUGGUGAUGCAGAGUUUCAAUUGAACGUUCCGCGUUCCAUAACAAGAGGAGGCCGUUUACAACGCCUCAGACUCCAGCUUGAUCUUGUUGAUCAGGAAAUCGAUGAUUAUGAUUAUGAAGAAGUUGACGUUUUUCCUGGUUUGACUGACCAAGAGCUUAAUGCCCUUCCUGUUCUCCAGUAUAGAAUUCCAUCCGACCUUCCAUCUCCGGUGGACCCACAAAGAUGGUUACUUUAUUUCCUUACUUCUCUGGGCCACCUAUUGAAGGAGUCUGGUUUUGUUAACAGCGGGAGCUCGUCGCUGCACCAGGAAUCAUCUUCCAUGCAGGAUCAAGCAUCAUCUUCCACCUCCAUGACGUCCACGAUCGUGAUAGAGAAAAAAGACUCUCCUUUUAAGAAAUAUGGCGAAGAUGAGCUGAUGUGCAGCAUUUGCUUGGAGGAUGUUGAAUCGGGAGAGCUUGUCCGUCACUUGCCGUGUUUGCAUCAGUUUCAUGUGGGCUGUAUUGAUAUGUGGUUGCGGCAAAAAGCUGUCUGUCCCAUUUGUAAAUCUUUAGUGAGAUACUACCAUUUACUACACCGCACAAACAGAGGAAUGGCACGUUUGGAUGUGUAAAGCAUUAAAUUCCUCCAGAGCCAAACUGACAUGGGGUGAUCUAAACCGCUUAUUUGGAAGGCCCCACUACUAUAGACGGGCUGGAUGGCGAAUCUAUCACUGAUCAGAGAUCCUCCUCUAUCCAAACAAUGGUACAUAUUUCAACGCGUGUAGUUGAUAAUCUCUAAUGAGUGGGGACAUUGGCAAGUAGGCCAUCUACACAACAGAGGUACCUACUCGCUGGAUGGUCUGGAUCGUCAUCUGGUGGGCCAGAUGGGGGGAGUCUCCAUAGAAACUCUUUUGUUAAUUGGAUAUUAUGAACGAAUGUAGAUGAUUACGUGAAUUUCUACAUUGUAUGGUUAUGUAAAUAAAUUUCAUAGACUCUGAAAAUCGAGAGCAUGGAAUGGGCUGUAACACCCUCAUUAUGCGUGAAGUAGUCUAUAUAGGAGUUAUUGUGCAUGUGGGGCCCACCGUGUUGGUCCCUCAUGAUGGGGCCCACAGUGGAUGAGGCAUGUCCCAAAAAUCUUCAAGAUGAAUAAUUUGUAAUUAACCUAUCUUUGGUCUACAACUAGAUCCUUGAGUCAAAAAAUAAACAAUAACAGGGCGAUGGUCCACAUUAAAAUGAAGAAAGGUGAACUGAUGAAAGGUUAGAUUCUUCCAACCUAGGAGACUGGGAGACUUUUGGACCACGGUGGGGCCGGGCCCAUCAGGUCAACAGGCUGGAUCAACGAACCAUUUGCCCCGUGCACGAAAUAGGCUGAU